AUGGAGUCGCACAGUCUUGAGCGAGCAUCGCAGUAUCUCAAUAACAUUCUACUCGCACGGGGUCUCCUUACCAAUGGCAAACCCAUCGACUUUGCCCGCUCCGAUCGCCAUGGUUCCAUCACAGAUACGACGAUGUCCCGAGUCAUCAACCUGGUCCAUGACCUCGUCAUACGGCGAGACCAGGACGCCGAGCAACGAGAGAUCCUCGCUACCCACAUUCGCCAAGCACGCGCUGAUGACUCGCAGCGCGCCAUCGACCUCCAGAGGCUACAGGACAAGAACACGGAGUUGGCUCGAGCCGCAGCCGCGGCUGAAUCACAAGAGCGCGUCUUGAAAGCUCACGUGCGCCAUGCGGAGGCUCAAGCAAAGGAGCUUAAGGAGCAGAUGUUGAGAAUGAAGUCUACUCUAGACCAGGUCCGAGCCAAAUGUCUAAGCGACGUGCGUAAGCGAGACACCGAGUUGGACAAACUGAAGGCCCACAUGGCGGGGAUGCAGCGCGGCAAGAAAGAGUCGAGUGGCAUGAAGAUCAACACGAUAAACUGGGAGCCGGAACCCCACGGUCGAGAAAGACGUAACGGGCAGGCCGUAGACAGAUCGGAAUGGAGCUUGGAGCAGGAGAGCAACGAUUUCCUUGCCGCACUGGUCAACGAGAUGAGUACGGAAAACGUGUCGCUCAGACGAAUCAUCACAGAGACCGCGGAAAUGCUGCGCGAGUUGACGGGGCUGGAGGGGCACCGGCCCGGUGGUGAAGAAUCAGAACAGGAUGCGGAGGAGGACGGCAUAGGCAUGCCGGGUCAAUACCGCAAAUCGAGGCAGAAGGCCGCCCAAGCACAACAACAAGCUCAAGCUCAAGCUCAAGCCGAAGCCGAAGCCCAAAACCUCACGUCCUGCAACGAGCUAGCGCAGCAAAUGGCAGGUAUUCUGGAACACUGCCGGUCUAUCCUCAAGGAUCCCUCAUUCGUCCCCAUCGAAGAACUCCAGAUUCGUGACGAAGAAAUCAUCAAGCUACGAGUGGGGUGGGAGAAGAUGGCAAGCAGGUGGAAGGAGGCGGUGACUAUGAUGGACAACUGGCGCAAGCACGUGGACGAGAGUGGACAAGAGUUCUCGAAAGAGGAUCUUUCCAGGUUGGAGUUUGGUAAAAGCAUUGCCUUGCUGCCUAAUGGACAGCCUGUCUUUGGUCAAGAUGAGGAACUGUCGUCAAUAUUUCACGAGAACAGCAGACUGGAAGAAGAGCCAGACGAAGAAGACCUGGAGCAAGAACUCCCGGCCGACGAUCAAGGAGGUGUUCAAUACCCUAAACUGCCGGACAACGAUAAAAUCGACAUAAAAUCUCAUCGUCGGGAUCCAGACGGCCCUCCCACGGCAGGUCGCUCACCAAAACGCCGCGCAUCCCUGGCACGAAGAGCAGGACUUAAUAUAGGGAAGCCCAUACGCCCGCUGCAGCCUGUUGGCUUGGACCGCCUCAAUAAGUCACCUAACCAUGGGCUGGCCUCGACAAGCACGAACUCGUCAUCAAGGCAGAGCGCGCAGUCGGGCGCGAGAAGUUCAGACAGCGCUAUAGGCAUGGACGGAGACCGCCCAGAUGAGGAUGAUGACGACGAGGUAUGGCGUGACGAGAACUUGACCAAGUCGCGGAUUCCGAGAAAGACGAUGAAGCAACGAGAACCCCCGCUGUCCAUAUCUGAAAAGCUCGCAGCGGUUGAGGCCGAGGCGUUGCAAGCCCGGAGGCAACCACCAUCCGCUCACAUGGAGCCUGGCCGGAAACGAAAGCACGCCAAUGCCAACGGCGCGAAGACAAGGAAAGCAUACAGAAGGCGGAGCACACUCAGCCCUGAGGAGUUGGCUGAGCUGAUGGGCAUUGAAUAG